AGGACGCGUUACCCUGGCGACCACCUUGUGGGCGGCUCAGAACUGAUCUGAGCGUUGAGUGUGAAGGCAGCUGAGGGCGGUCGGCUACCCCAGCCGCCAGCCCCUUGGGGGCUGACGGUGGCUAUGGAACUGUACCUCAGCAACUGCUGCAAGACUGCGGAAGCCGCCGCCAAUAAGGUGGCCGCUAGUAGCCUAAAUGAAGAAAAGGAGCAGUGUAGCAUCCGAGGCGGCCCCGCCUUGCAGAGAAACCUGUUCCCAGAGGUCGGAGCAUGUAACUUGUUGGAUCUGCCUCUUGGGGUCAAGUUGCCCAUUAUUCCUGGAAGUCAUAAUGUGUUCUACACUACAGAUAUAAGUGAGAAGCUUUAUCAACCUUCUUAUGAUUUUAACCUGACUGAUCCUUACUGCCGACUUUUGGAGACUAGCUAUAAAAGUCUACAUGAUCCACAUUUAAAAACAUACUAUAAGCGAAAAGAUGUCCUGAGGAGAUUAAAGAAAGGUGGCUACAUCACCAGCAAUAAUAAAGUAAUUUGUUCCUUGAAGGAAAUGAAUAAGUACAGGGAGUAUCUGACCAGUUUAAAAUUAGACUUUGAAAGAAAAUAUAUCAGAGAACAGAAAAUGAUUGAAAAACAAGUACAUAAAUUGUAUGAAAGCAAGAGAGCCUAUGAUAGCUGUGAGGCUGCUCUAUUCCAAGAAUGGCUGUUACAAGAAGAUACACAAACAACCCCAGAACAGGAGCAAUUACUAAAACACAGAUAUGCGGAUAUGAUUCAUAGGGAAUUACACAAGGCUCAACACACAGCUGAAAAGCGGAAUGCAGUCUGUACGAAGGAACAGAAAAGUCAACAUCAGGACCACAUAAGAAGAAAACUUGAUCUCCGUAAACAAAUUGAAGAUAAAUGGAAAACAAAAGAAAUGUUACUUUUGUCAAAGAUUGGAGAAGAAGUAAGAAGAGAAGCAAGAAUUGAAGAACAGCGUCAGAAAAUUAGGGAAGAAAUUGAUCGGAAGAAAAAAGCACUUCUGGAGAAAAAAAUCGCUCAUCAUUUACAAAAAAUGCAAAGACAUGACCUUAAAAGAGGACGAGAAGGAAGUCUAUUUUCAGGCAAAGGACAAGAUGAAACAGAAGGAUCAGUUCACUAUUCUCAUAAUACUAACAAGAUUUCUGCUAAAAAACCAACAACCUCAUUCUCUCAGAAGGAAGCACAACAAAAGAAAGAUAAAGAAAUUACAAACACAUCAGAUCCUGUAAAUGUCAAAGGAGUGAAAAGAACCCAAAUUCAUGCUUCUACCAAGGCAACAAAUUUCCCCAGACAAUCUGUACAACAUAUUCUGAAAGAAGAGGUGUCAUAUGCUGAUUUGAGGGAAAGAAAGCCCAAGAAAUCAAAAUUCAGCCAUAAGUCAGUUCAUAAAACUGUGUAUGUUCCUGAUUCAUCAGAAAAACAAGAGUACAGCAAUGAACAUCUCUGUCAAGAAAAAGUAACUUCUGAAGAACUGAAUAGUAUAAUUCGUAAUAUAAUGGCAUGGGUUGUGGCUUCAGUUACCAGUAUAUUAUACCCAGCCAUCACAAAUUAUGAAGAAAGAGUAAAAAAUAAUGCACACCCAGUAUCUGCUGACUCUGCCCCCUCUUCCUGUAGUACAUGCAGUUACAUGUUGAUGUAUACAGGAACGAAGACAUUUCAGACAGAGCCCUCUGCAAAGGCAGCUGAUAGGUCAAUGGAGCAACCAACCACACCAUUAAUACCAUCUCCUGCCCCUAUAAAUAGAACAGCUGCGGAGAAAGCUCAUCCCAAGAAAAGACAAUCUGUGCCCUCUGAAAUUAAUGACGACGAGGUCUAUGAAUACACAGGUCUCAAAGCCUGUAAAUCAGAUACUCACCUUUUUGUAUCAACUGAGCGCAACUCAAAGAAAUCGAGGGAUGCUGCCACUGAAACAGAUGACUUAGAACACCCACAGUCUUCAGAUGGGAAAGCAACAAUCGAAAACGAGAAGCAGGAGUUAACGAAUGCUUUUGUUAAGUUUAAGAGUUACCUAAAGGAGGAAACUGAGGUAAUUUUACAAAACAUUUUUCAGGAAAUGGUGUCCAAUCUAAAUGAGGCCAUCCCCACCCUUUCUACUGUUGUAGCUGAUGAUUUGCCUGACCAGACUGACAGGGACAGUGAAGACUUGCUCUCUGACAUUGAUACCUCUUCAGCAGCUGAUGAAAUCGUGGAAAGCGUGCUUGAUAAACUACAGUCUGCAGCUCAGAAAAAAUGUAUGGAAGUGUUUUCACAAGAUGUGCCAGUCCACUUUAAAUCAGACUCAACACCCAGUGGAGAACAUCUCAUUUCCCCCACAGAAAAGCCUUCGGAAGGUUCACUGCCUUAUGCUUCAGAGAACAUGGGUGACAUCGCAGAGGAUAUGGUUCAUGUAAUUUUAGAGAAGCUGUUGGUUCUUGCAUCUUCUAAGCAAAAUCAACUUGCUGAUGAUGUCAUGCCUGAAUCCACUCAUCAGCUAUGUCUGACAGAUCCAACAUACACGUGUUUUCAAAAAGUUGGCAAAAGAAAGUCUAGUGUGGAAUAUGAUGCAGCCAAUUUGAUUGCUGAAGAAGAAAUACAAAAUUUAGUGUCAAAUAUUUUGUCCCAGUCCUCUCUGCUUGUUAAUAUAGAGGAAGCAAUUUGCACUAUACUGGAUUAUAUACAAACUGGACUUUGUAAUGAAAGGCUUACCUCAAGUGAAGAGACAGUAGCCACCCUUCGGCUACUUGAUGAUAUCUUGACUCAGCUACACUGGAAAUCAGUGAAAACAGACAUCGGAAAGACUAGACAGCCCAGACUAGGCAGUCCUUUUAUCACUGAAGAAAACAGACUUGCUGGCACUGGGGUGGCUGGUCCUAGAAAUAGGCAACUGUUUCCACCUAUUAAUGUGCCUGGCAUGGUCCUUUAUGCUGAAGAUGAAAAAGAAGAACACAAAAUUGUGGAAGAGGCGCUGAUUCCAUGUAUCAAGGAUGAAAAAGCAAAUUUACAAGAACAAUUGGCUAAUCGCCAGUCAGCACAGGGAAACGCUGAUCUUAAAUACAACCAAAUUGCCAAUUCACCUGCAACGCCUGCUUGUCAAGGCAAAGUGGCAUUUCAAGAUUGGGGAUUAAAGAGUAACUUUCCAACUUUUAAUAAUAAAGAUGUUUUUAAAGACACACUAUGUUUGAAUAAAGAUACUUGGAUUUUCAGUCAACAUGAAAAGCAUCAAAUACAAAAAGCCUCAAAAAACAUAAUUACAAAUAUUUUAGCAGAAGUGCUUAAAGAUACAUCUUCUGUGUUCCUUGAUCAAGAAGCUACACCUCUUACUUCAGAAAAAUCUGGUCUAUCACAUCUAGAACAGUUGGGCCAGAUGUUCUCUGUGUCAGAAAUCGAUACAGUAGCUCAUGAAAUAGCAGAUGCUGUGUUAAAAAUACUCUCCAUAGCUUCAACUCACAUCAUCAAUGACAGUAAACAUUCUGCUUGUUCAUCAGUACAUGAAACUUCUCUCAAUAAUGCGGAAAUACCAGAUAAAGAUCCAUUAGAAAUAUGGUUUGAGAGUGAAAAGAAGAUGAACAUUAUAGCUGCACUUAGUACUGAUCCUGAAGACCAUCUCUGGUUAGAAUCUGGAAAUAAUGAAUCAACAUCUGACACUGUAUUUCAUAUUAAUGAUAAGAUCACUCAUACAAUUUUUAAGAAGCUGAAGUCAUUCCUUUAUCGAAAAUUGCAAAAAUGCUUCAAAUCAGAAAGCCAUACUAGCAAUUUGAAGCCUACACCUAGCAAGAAAUCUCUGUUUCAAUCUGAACUUAGCUCAUACACAACUAAAGUGGUAAAAAUUGUUCUGGAUUCUAUACAGAAGAAACUAAAACACAAUAGGCAAAAUCAAAAUUUUAGGGAGAAGGGCCCUGCCAAGAAAUUUACAGAUACAGGAUUUUUUGCUAACACUGAAAACGAAUUAGAUUCUUUUGUCACAAAACUAAACAAUGACAUUAUGACAAGUUCACUAGUAAGCUGUAUUUGUGAAGUGUUAAAUGAAAAGCCAGAAAAACACAAUGUUCCAUUGCCUUCAAACAAAGGAAUCUCGUAUGAAAAUACUGACAUCAAUCAACCAAUAUUUUCUCCUUUUCAUUGUCCUCCUGGGCAAAAAGAAGUUCACAUAUGUACCACGUGGCAAGUAUUAGAUAAAAUUGGAGACAUUUUAUGUGAUAUGUUAUGUAAUCUUGUAGGAGGCUAUCCGCAUUCUCCCCAAUCUGAUAGUGAGCCAAAGGGAGAGAGGAGUAAUGAAAAUUUGAGAAUGAACACUGAAAUGCAGCCAGAUAUUCAACUGAUCUCUCAUACAAUUCUAGAAUAUAUCAUUACAAAAUUAUGUAGUGCUGAGAUGAAUGGCAGCUUGAAACAUUCAGAAUUUAAAGAGACCUCAGAAUACUUUGAUAUUAGCAGCCUUUCAUUUGCUUCACUUAUGGAGGAAAUGAGCAGAUGCUCUGAUAUCAUCUCCAGCAUGAUGUCCAGUGUGAUCCAGCAGGGCAGUCAAGAGGUGACUACCAGUAAGGGGAAAACUACUGUCCCUCAAACCGGGAGCAUGCCAAAAAAGUAUACAAAUAAACUAAAAAUCAUGGCUUCAGAUAUCCUUGAAACAGUUUUUGCUAUAUUGAAAGGGUUUGCCAAUAGAAGUUUUAAAACUCUGGGUGCUGUAAUCAAUGGCAAUAAAAAGGGCAACACAACAGACUGGGAAAGUGAAGGUACCAAUAUGUGGCCUACCACACAUGACAAACUAUUGAAGUCUGCUUUACACAUACGAACAAAGAAGGCAUCAAGUGCUAUUUUAAAGGCUAUUCAAACUGAAUUAAAUGCGAGCUUGCCAGAUUUGGAAACAUGUGUACACAACCCUCCACAAGAGAAACAAAUGCUUAAGAAGCUAGUCAAUUUAAUUUUAGAUGGAAUGCCUCCAGAUAAGUUUAAUGAAACUGAACUGGAAGAGAGAAGUAUUGAAUAUUACAGGUACAAACCAGUUUAUGGCAAUUUUCUUCCUGGAGGAGCUGGACCAGAAACCUAUCUAGAAGAUCCUGAAGAUACAGAGAAAGAAUGUGAUGGAGAGAAAAGGCCACCAGAAGAAACUAAAUCAGAUUGUCUUGAACAGCAGAAAUUAGAAAGAACCUUGAAAAAAAUUGAAUCAGAACUUAGAGAGCCACAAAAGUCCCCAGUUGUGCCCAUUAUAAGACAUAUUUUGAAAGAAAUUUUCCAAAAUGAUUUAAUUGAUCAAAUAAAUGUACGUCCUGUCCUCCAUUCCAAGUUAUGUGACACCCCUCAUGCCAAUGAUGAGCCAGUUGAAGGCCUGGACAAAACAAUGGAUCCUUUAAUAUCUGAAGCAGAUGUUAUCACUGUUGCAGAUAAUAUUAUCAGAACCAUAUUUCAAAAACUUCAUUCUGCAACCAUGACAGAUAGAAAUGCAGGUGAAAAUAGAUGGGACACUUUAAGCAACCCCACAAGCAUCUGUUUCCCUGAACAUGCCAGUGGACAAAAGCCCUCUGUUCAUUUUACCAUACUGGACAGAAACCCAUGUUCACUUACUAGAUUUAGUGCUGAUAAAUUGACCACAGUAGAUGUAGUUGAAGAUAUUAUACAGUCAGUAUUAGCAAAUUUGGAAAGAUUUGCAACUUCUAAAGUAAAAUCAUACUUUUGUCCUCUUAUCAGAGUUCCAAUGACUUUACAGCAGGAUGUGACUGCUUUAAGUCAAUCAUGGUCAUCAACCAAAAAUUCAUAUUCUAGUGAUCAAUUAUCUUGUCACUCAGUAGAUCAUAAGAAGUCAAGAAAGGCCACCUCAAAAUGUCAAUUGACUACAUCUAAAUUACAUAUAUAUGCAACGCAGGUAGCUAAACAGAUUUUACAAGAAAUCAAACGGAAGUUAGAUAAAGAAGCAAAAAGCCCAUUCUUAACACAUAAUAUUGUGGUCUCUGAAAGUAUUACAAGUCAGAUUGUUAAUACAGUGUUGGAUUGUCUAUCUGCUAAAGGCAAGUGUGAAAAAAGUAUUUCUGACACACAGAUUGAUUCAAGUGAGCCAGAAUAUGUCGUAAAAAAGCUGUUUAAUAAAAAGGAUUAUCGAAAAAAACUUCAGUCUCAAAUACUAGAAACCAUUGAAUGUAUCUUAAGUGACAUUUGUGAAAAAAUGCUAGAGGAGAAUAAUUUCCCACAUGAUACGUCAAGUCAUAAAGGUAACGGAAGCUGGGGACAUCUUGAAGUCAAUUCUGAAAUGGUCCCUGAGUGUGCGAAUAUGGCUGUCCCAAUGAUUUUAGUUCCUAAUUCAUGUGUUGCUGUGAUUUCUAAUGAUAUGGUGGAUAUAGUUCUUGAAAAUAUCAGUUCUGCUGUUACGGUUGGCCUAAGUGCAAAGUAUUCCAUGUCUGCAAGAAUGUCCCCAGGACUGUGUGAUGCAUAUCCAAAAGAACAAUGUCAACAGUCUGCUAUGGACUCUCAAGCAACUGUUCUUAAGGAACAAGACACCAAGCAAUCUGCCCUUAAUUCAUAUGAAGAAAAUGCUAACUGCAUUACUAAAGCUAUUUUAGAUAGAUUAAAAUCUUUUGCCACAGAAAGAAUAGAUUUACUUACUCUUGAUUCCAAGCCUAGAGAAAAAUCAUUUAUUAGCCCAGAAUUUACAAAUUACAAACAAGAUGACACUGUAUUUUUAAAAUCAAACCAAAUAUCAUCUGAUGUGAAUGGUCUGAAACUAUCAACAAAUGAAACCAUUCUCAGUGAAGGAGUCACAGAUGAUAAAUUUGCUAAUUAUGAAGAAUGGGGUCCUGCAAUCCACCUAUCACAAGCUAGCCUUAAAGAAUAUGCAAAAAUCAUUGCUAGCACCAUCUUGAUGCUUAUUAAAAAUGACGUAGAUCUAGAAAUCCAAAUGACAUAUUCAUAUCCAAACAUUACUUUAUUUCUAGAAAACACCAUUGCAAGUGAAACUGUCAACAAUAUCUUGAAGAGUCUGCAUGAUAAAAUAUCUUUAAAGGAAAGUAGUCUUCACUCAAAACACAAUUUUACUCUCUUCCCACAACCGGCUUUACAAAAUAAACUAUUGCAUGGUCAAAGAAAGGUGGAAGACAACACUGAACUUCCUCUGAUUUCAAAAUGCCUGGAUCAAAACCAAAUUUCAUCAGAAGAGGAAAACUUGAGAAGGAUUUUGGAGGGAAUAUUUAGAAAUGGAGAAUCUAGACAGGAGAAAACAUCACCUUUGUUCAGUGCAGUUAGAGAAAUUGUAAAGAAGGUUUAUCGAAGGGUAAUGGAAGACAAAGACCAUUGGCCUCCAUUUAACAAUCCCUCUCGUUUUCCAUCUGAUUUUAAAAUUAGAACAGCAGCACAAAAAAAUAUCUUACAAUCACGUAUAGGCAGUGUCACAAAUGAUAUAAUUAAAAAUGUUUUUGAAACAAUGCUCUUGGUAGUUCUGACAUCAUUAUAUGAAAAUAAUGAGACUAGGAGUGAACUGGAAGCAUCUGGCAGUGAUAAAUUACUGAUGAAUGUAUCAUGCUUUAAAGGAGUGAAACAAGCAGAAAAAAGACGAGCAUUCCCUGAACAUUUAAUAAGGCGAGGUUAUCCUUUUACGGGCACUAAAAAUGUUACUUCAAUGGAAACCACAUCAUUGCAUUGUUUUCCAUUGCAAGUGGGCAAAGAAUUGGUCCAAAAUGUUCUUACAAAGAUCACAAAUUUUGCUUUGCUGGAUCUAGGUCAGUCUCAUGAAUCACGAUUUCUGAGGCCAUGCAAUUCUAAAAUGAAUCCCAAGGGCAGCCCUGGGCCAGGCUUUAAAAAAGAUUUCAAAACAAAAUCGAAAGUUACCUCUCUGCCUAAAUUUGCAACACCGCCAUUGGAACUUGGUGGUGGUAAGGCCAAAAGCAAGACCAAGUUGGGUCUUGGAGUGAAGAUUCCAAGAGACAGCAAGUCCAAGACUAUCAUUGGGCUGCAAGAACUAUUAUCAACAGGAGAUGCCAAAAGACCUUCAGUGAGAACAAAACUUCCCACUGCAGAACUAAAAAUGUAUGCCAAUGAUAUAGUAUGCAAUAUUCUGGAGACAAUUGUGAAUAAAUUUCAAAAGGUAAAGCAAAGUAGAGCAAUGGUAAACAUGCAAACUUUUCCUUCUGAUCAACUCGAGAAAGCACGUGAAAUAGUAAAUACAGUUUUACAAGGAGUAUAUGCCAUGAAGAACAAUUUGGCUGACCCAAAAAAAGGCUCAUGUUCAGAUAACCGAAAACAUUUAUGGAAGAUUUUAAGUACUAUCUCUCCUCCAAACCCAGAAGCACAGUUUUACUUAGAGAAUGUUUGUUCACAGCCGGAAAAGAUUUUUCCUACGGAAGACAUUUUUAUGCAAAUAUUUGGUAAAAGGCCAACAGAAUCAAGUGAGAUGGAAAAUGAAAAACAUAAGCUAUUGAUGAUAACUGAGACUGUUUUGCAUGAAAUUUUAAUAAAAACAAAAGAACUAGAGCAGCCUGUUUCACUUUUAAAUUUGUCACCUCUUAAGGCUUGUGAAAGCAGGCAACAUAGUUUUCAAAGAGCUGUGGAUUCCCAAACACAAAUUAAUAUGUUUGGCAAGGCAAUUAUUGAAAUGUUAUUUCAAAAACUAAAGUUCUGCUUCUCAACGCUGAUGUUCCUAAAAGAUAGUAAAGAAACUCAAGUCAGCAAAAAGCAAGCUCUAGAAAGAUCAAACAACAUCAACAGUACACCAAUAUAUGACACAGAAGUAGAAGACACACGUGAUUUGCUCUCUAGCCACCAAGUCACUCAAGAGAUCAUCGAAGGAGUUCUAAACAUUUUAGAGUCAUUUGCAGACCUCCAGCUUAAGCACAUUUCUAGAUACACUUUCUCAGAAAUUGUGAAAGUGCCUAUUGAAAAAUUUUUUGCUGUCCAACAGAAACCAUCAGUGAAAAAAUUAUUACCAAGUUUCCAGUCAUUGAAUGUGUUUCCUGAUGAAUCUAAACAUAGUGCUGUGACUCCCCAAGGAAACAUACAGGACACCCUUCGACAGCUUCAUUCGUUCCACACAGAAUUGCUUACUUAUGCUACCAAUACUGUCAGGGACAUGCUUGGUAUAAUUAAGAACAAGCUAGACCAAGAAAAACUCCAAGUGGGACUAUCUUCAGAUAGUGCAUUUGAAGACAGCACAGUAACAAGUCAGAUCAUCAGCACAUUGAUAGAGCAGUGUACUCAUUUUUACAAGUCCUUCAUCAAAAAUCAACAAAAGGAAGAUCAGCUCAAAGGAGACUGCAAUAUUAAUCAGAACGAAUUCACAAACAGGGUGAAAAUGCCCACCUCAGAGUUAGAGGGAGUUAACCACAGGAAUGAUCCUUCACAAAUCCCUGCUUUUAUGUUUCCUUCAGAGGGAGAUUCGAAAGGAUCAGACAGGGUUUCCUCAAAAUUCUCUUCCUGUGCCAGCCACUGUGUGGGAGAUACAACAAAAACCACACAUACAAUGAAAAAGCUCAAACCAGUAUUUAAACCAUCAUAUUCAAGAAGUGAAGCACAAGACCUUCACCAUUUUGAUCAAGGCAUGAAAGGAAACAAGACUCUCCCUAAAGACAGUGUGUUACCGAAACUACCUCAGAAAUCCAUCAUCUCUGCACAGGCAGCACUAGAGCACGCCACAUCCUUUGGAGAAGGAGAGGCAGAGGAAAAUCAAAUGCUUCACUCAAACCAAACACAGACAUCUGUUUCUCCAGUCAAAGUAUGUUUAGCUGCAGAAAAUGAUAUCGACAAUGUGCUGCGACGUUCUGAAUUUCUGGGUUCUCUCCACGGUAAUGCAAGUAUGGAAACGGUGCAGCCACUUUUAAUCUCAAAUGAAAGGGCUUUGUCUGUAAUGUCUAAAGAAAAGGGUGAGAACAGCUUACUUAAAACAUGGGGCAAAAGAUUCAGCUGUAAAACUGAAAAAGAAAACAAAAGCCACGAAGCCAGUGGAGACUUCACUUUACUAGAAAAGUGGGAAAAUAAGUCCCCAAAUUCAGAGAAAAUUGCGACUUUUGAAGAGGCUGAAGUCAUUGAUUUUACGGACCAGGAACUGGGAGCAAAUGAAAUCCAUCUAGUAGCAAGAUAUAUUACUACAUCUGUGGUCACACAUUUCAAGAACUUUGAAACCAGAGGUCCUCAUGAUCAAAAAGUCUAUAUGAUUUCCACACCAUUAAGGGAAAAGUAUGAAUUUAAAAAGACUCUAAGAAGCAUAAACACUGAUUCCUCACUUAAGAAAUUUUGUGAACGUCUUACUGAAUUAGUUAUUUCCCAUAUAAUGUUAAGAAUUUCUGAUUGCACUGAAGACAGUGGAAUGGUUCAGAAAGUACUGGAAAGAAAAGAUGCAACUUUUACAAAGUUUAUUAUAGUUCAUUCCCAAGAGUUUAAGAGUCAGAUCAUUUCUAUCAGAGAACUUGCUUUAAGCAUUUCUGAAAUCAUUAUUCUAAUCCUUUUUAAUAACAAUAUUUUAAAGGAAGACACUACACAACAAACGGUUUCUGUAAAAACUAAAUAUAUUUACUGCCUAAGAGUAGCUGCAACAGACUUCAAUGAACUCUUUCAGGAUCUUUUAAUGGGAGUAAUCCACGUUCUGUCCAAAGAAAUAGGGAUGAGCCUUCAUCCUGAAAGUAAACAAAGAAACAAGUCACUUUUCAUGCGUGGAGGCCAUAGUUUGACCAUUUGCAACAAAACUAAAUCUAUGAAAAGACAGACAUGCUCUAGAGAUUGGAAAUCAACUAGUCUUCCCCAUAUUGAUCAACUUCUACCGGAAGAUAAACUAAAUACACUAGCAUGUAAGUUAGGCACUCUGGUUGGGAGCCUAAGAACUCGUGAAUCUAAACUAGUGGUCAACAAAAUUUUUAAUAUUGUUGUAGACUUGUUAUUUCCAGAAAAGCACCCAAAUUGGAAUACUGAUUUGGGCAGACUAGGAAUGAAAGUAUCCCCAUCUCCAAAUAAUGAGCACAGUCAUAGCAUACCUAAAAAAAAUGUAGACCUCUCACCCAAAUCAGUUUUUCUUUUGAAUACUGUGAGUGAGAAACUUAUUCAGAUACUUUUGGAAGAACACAGGGCCCACAACAAUGCCCUUGCAAGUGACCAACUCUCUAAUGAAAUAUCAGCAGAAUGUCAACUAUUCAACAUGCUUCAAAAUGUAUGCUCACCAUCUGAAGGAUAUGACAUGGCAGACCUUUUAGAAAAUCUGGAAGAAAUAGAUGAAGAAUAUAUUCUCAGUAUUGUUUCCCAUAGUUUGGUAAAAUCCUUAAUGGAAGAACUGUCACAAAAUGUACCACAGCCCCCCAGAAGUCCACUCUUAGCAAACAAACAAUUAACAUAUAGCACUAGAGAGAAAUUUUCUGGGUUUCCAAAAGCAAAAAGGCCAGAAUUAAAAAAAUUAAGACAGGGUAAAGGCUCUGUAAAUUUCACAAGUUAUGAAGGCAAGCCUUUGACAGGGGCAUUGAAUGAUCCCAAAUCCAUUUGUUCUGAAACACACACCCUUUUUGAUAAGCACUUUCCUAGAAAAUUAUCCCAUCUACCUCCCCUGCAAAGGCCAGGAAAUAAAAGAAUGAACACAGCAGCCAUAUUUCAUAGCAUGCAAAAUGCAGGAGGCAUGAGCACAAUAGUUUACUCAGCCACAUUUUUGGAAGAGAUCAUUGUAGGCAUUUUUCUUAAUCUCUAUACCUCAUUGUGGGCCAAAACUGUAAACAUCACCGAGGCCGAGCUCAGUGAAAUGAAUAUAUUAGGUGUGAAUUCUGUGGUUAAUGAGUUUAAUAAUGCCAAAGUCUCUGUUUUGGAGAAUAUUGAAGAAAGUAUAUAUUUCCCACCAUUCUCCAAAGAAAGUGUUAAUAAGACUGUUGACUCAGUUUAUAAUGAUGUUUUAUGGGGAUAUGAAUUGCAAGUAAACUGCAGAAAUUAUCUGGCACAUACUAUUACUUCCAUAUCAGAACAGAUAGCUAAUAGCAUAUUGAUGGAGAUUUUAGACUACCAGCUCCCACUGUACCUUGUAGGAAGGCUCAUGCCCAAUUCAUAUUCUCCUCUCAGGGCUGAAAAUAUACUACAAAAACUCCAAAAUAACCUGAAAGAACGCCAUUACCAUGCUCAACAUUCAUAUACCACCAUGUUGUCACACUCAUUUUUAGAAGAUGUCAUCAGAAAGCUGUUACCUCGGCUUAUGCCUAUCUCUGGCAAGACCUCAUGCUUGGGAAAUAACUAUUUAACAGUUUCAGAUUUUAAUGAGCUAUCCACUUGUAUAGUAAAUAAAGUUAUGUUAGCCAUUUCAAAACAUAAGAUUUGGCUCACUAACUAUGAUAAUCAACAUCUGUGUACAGAAAAAAACCUCCACAAUUUGGCAGAGUCUGUUUAUGAUAAUAUUCUGCAGAUGUCUGACUCUGUUGUUUCAAUGCAGAAAAGUAUGGUAAGCCAAAGUCCAAUUAUGAUUGACCGAAUAGCCAGUCUUAUUAUUCAAGAGGUUAUUGACAACCAUCUUCAGCCCUUUUUGUGUGGAACAAAUUUACCUUGUUCAAGGACUCCAUUGGAUGAAGUAUCAAAUAUGGCCAAAGAGAUUCUCAGUGAAGUCACUGAAUCAUACAAACCCCAAAAGACCCCAGCAUCAUCACUAGGUAUGGGUUUUUAUCCUAAUACAUUUGUAGAAGAAAUUGUAGCCAGGAUUUUAUCAAAGGUCUUCAAUCCAAACUAUAACACUGAGCAUGAAUUUGAUAAAACAGUCUCCAAAAUAGUUAACUCAAUAAAUGACCAUUUUAACAAAGCUAAAAUCUGCAUUCUUUGUGAUGAUGAAGAGCACUCUUUUCUCACUGUAGAUACAGAUAUUGUGGAUGAACUUGUCAAUUCAGUGUAUGAGAGUAUUCUGGAACAGCAUGAUCUGGCCCCUGAGGCUUUUAAUAAGGAACUCAAAGGCAGUGAUAUUUCUGUGGAAAAUAUUACCAAUUUAAUUGUGACAGCUAUUUCUGACUAUCUAUUUCAUCCACUCUUUUCUGGGGAUUUGUCAGCUUCUUACUAUGCAACUUUAACAACAGAGAAUAUAACUCAGAACAUCUUUAGUGGCAUCAGUAAAUUUACCAAGCCAAGUCAGCAUUUAUCUCUGUAUAACACCUUACUGCCGUAUACAUUUUUAGAAGACAUAAUCAAGAUAAUAUUAUCUAGAAUCUUUCCACCUGCAGUUAGCAUGCUUCCAUGUGGUGAAACCCCAGAUGGUAGAUCAGGAAUUAAUGUCAAUACAAUCUCUUCAAAACUAAUCAGUGAUAUUAGGAUGAAAAUUUCCCAACAUGAAAUUCGAUUUUCAAAAGAUAAAGAUGAAACCAAAUCUUUGUAUUCAGAGGAUGAUGCUCAGCAUCUUGUUGAUUCAGUAUUCCAAAGUAUUUUGCAAAACUCAGAGUCUCCAGAAGUAGUGGAGCAUAAUAUCACAAGCAGUAAUGAUGUUCUUAUUGAUAGAAUAGCGGGUUGUAUCAUUAAAAAUAUCUGCCAACAACAUCUCCAUCCAUUUGAGUAUAGAAAUUUGCUGCUUCCAUCGAAUACACACCUUGAUGAUAGGAGAAGGCAACCAUUUUUUGCUGGUGUUUACUCCCCAGCCUUUUUAGAAGAUGUGAUCUCUGGGGUUGUAAGCAAAAUAUUCCAUAAGACAUUCAGCAGUGUGAAAACAAAAACAAUAAGAGACUUAGAAAAAGAACAGCUUUCAAGAGCUAAAGAACUCAUAUAUUUGAUAAUAGAAGAAUUGUCAAAAGCCAAGGUUAGCAUCCUUGAAAAUACUAAAGAGCAACUGUGUUUGCCAACAGUAGAUAGAGAUAUAACUAGAAAAAUUAUUGAUGUGGUGUAUAACAAAAUUUCACAAGAAUAUAAUCUAGAACUAUUACCUAAUAAGGAUUUUCUCAGUGACACAAGGACAUUGGCUGAAAGAGUAACUAAAAUUAUCUUGGCUGAAGUUUUUGAUUUCCAGAUUCUUCCAGAUAUCAUAGCAAAGCUGCCUGUUACAUCAUAUUCAAAACUCAAUGCUCAUGCUUUGAUAAAAAGAGUACAGUGUGAAAUUAGUAAAUCACAACUCCAAAAUCAGAAUUGUACAACAUAUACCACCAUAUUAUCACAUACCCAUUUGGAAAAAAUUGUCACUCAGGUUUUGUCUCAAAUAAGUCCAUUAAACUUCAGUGAAGAAAGCCUAGUAUGUUCCCAACCAGACGUCAGUAACACAGUUGUGAGACUAGUGGAUGAAAUCAUGUCAAUAAUUUCUAAGCAUGCUAUAUGCAUUAUCAAACAUGGAAGUGAAAAACAAAAUACGCUUUCAGAAGAAGAUACUCAGGCUAUGGUUGAUACCAUUUAUAAAGAUAUUUCUCAGUCUCUUACAAAAGAUAAAAAAGGCAUAAGUGCUAUACCUGUUACAAAACUAGCAAGUUAUAUAAUAAAAGAAAUAUUUAACCAUCAUCUUCAGUCAUUUUUACCUGGAGAUAAAACUCUUUAUUCAGGUUCAGUUGACCAUACUUAUAAACAAAGAACAAAAGAUCCUCAACAAAGAGAACUGUCUUUCAUUGUGAAUUCAGCUGUCUUUUUGGAGGAAGUUAUUUCUGAACUUUUAUGCAAACUCCUUUACAUGUUCUCAUGUAAUGUCUUGGCUUCUGAAGACCGACAGGAAGCAAAAGUUGAUAUUACAAACAUUGUUACAAUAUUAGUAAAAUCAAUUGUGUUGGAGCUCACCACAUCACAGAUUUUAGUUACAGACAACUUGGAUGAAAAUCUGCAUGUUUCAGAAGGAUAUAAAGAACUGAUCCAAAAAAUGAUAAGCCUAAUUUAUGAAAAGCUAUUAGAUGAAUAUAAAUCUCUGAUUCAUAUUCAUAUGGCUAUACAAAAUGAUACCGUCAAUUUUGGAAGAAAAAUCUAUUAUUUGUUGUUAGAAGAAAUUUAUGAUCAUCAAAUAGAGUCAUUAGUUUCAGGAGAAUUAGCAAUGACUUCUUACUCCUCCUUACAGGAAGAUAACAUCAUUAGAAAUGUGCUCGAGGCCAUUGAGGAUAACCGUGUCUCGCCGUCAUGCAUCACUGUUUUGCCUCGUUCCCUCUUAGAAGAUAUGAUUUCCAAGCUUUUAGCAUAUGUAGUCUCUUCAUCUGAGACAGAAACUGAAAUAAAAGAGGAAGAGGUGAUACCAGAUUGUGAAUUUGUGGAUGCAGCUUCAAAACUAACAGAUGAAAUAAUAGCAGAAAUUUCUGCACAUGAGAUUAGACUUGCCUCUACAGAAGAGCAUGCAGGAAGUAUGCAAUUAGAGGCAACUGAGAACUUUAUUGACUCCAUAUGUAACAAUAUUAUGCAAAACCUUAAAUUCCAACUUGAACCACAGAGAGGUACAUGCAAAAAGGGAAGUUCAUUCAUCAAGAGAAUAGCUGCCUUCAUUAUCAAGGAAAUUGUAGAUCGCCAUCUGCAGCCAUUUUUAUGUGAUGAAGACUUACCUCCCAGCGAGUUACCUGAAAAUGACUCUGCCACUGAACUCUCAAAUCCUGCUAAUGAAGAAACAUCAUCCUGCCCACAGGCAUCUGUGUAUUCUGCUUCAUUUUUAGAAGAGGUUAUCAUUGACCUUGUUUGCAAGUUUUGUACACUCCUAAGUAGUAAUAGAAAUCCUAAUGACAAAGAAAUGCCAGAACAAGAGCUUGUGGGCAUGGCUAUAAAUUUUGCAAAUGACCUGAUAGGAGAAUUUAGGAAAAGUGAAAUGAAAGCUGUAACAAAUGCUGAAGAAAUAUUUUCUUUUCCACCAGUAGAUAAAAAGACAAUUAAUAAGAUAUCUGAUUCUGUGUAUGAUCAGGUCACAGAAAUAUAUGGAUCUAGUGACAUUCAAAAAGAUGACAGAAGUCACAUUGUUACAGAGUUGAUUGCUUCUUUAGCUAGGAAGGCAAUCACUGCUUUCGAGAUUGAACCACUGUUUUCAGGAAAUUGGUAUUCCACCUUCUUUUCCUUUCUAGAUGUAGAUAACAUCAUCCAAAAGGUUCAACAUCUGCCAUAUAAAACCUUUACAAAGGCAACCAGAAGCUUAAAAGGGAAUCUGAUUUCUUCACCAGAACAGUCAUCUGCCUCAGGCCUGAAAAACAAAAUGCACACCUGGGAGACAGAUACAGGAACAUUUAAUGAAAAAGAGGAUUUCAAAAAGGAGGAGACUUCAAUGAAAAGAUGCAGCGUCCAGGAUCCAAUAUGCACUGGUGUAACAAGUAUUAUAAAGAGCAAAGUAACUACACUAGUAUCAGAGUUGGCUGGAGGUGUGGCCAACAGAAAGAACAGGGAUAAAAACAAAAAGGAAAGUUCCAUCAGAGAGGAGAAUGGGAAGACAGCAGAAGUUUCUUCCCCCACAACCAGGAUGAAAAGUGAAGAUACGCAGAGGCCAUAUUCAAGUACACCACUUCCAGAGAAUAACAUGAAGAAUGAUAGUUCAGCUAGAAAAGAUGAGAAAAGGCGAGGUGAUAAGUUAUGCCAACAGUUUUCACCAGCUACCGCUGACACAUGGAACAUGAACAGUGUACUGGGAUCUGGUGUUAAAUUAGAUGAUGCAAAGAAGAGUGAUGCAAAAAGAAAAUUAGAAGAGGACGUACCUUUUGAAUUAACAUCUUUGAAAUCCAUUGUGAAAGAUAUUCGGUCCCAAGUGAAGAGGAGCUGUUCCCCACCUUACAGAGUUAGGGAUGACACACAGAUAUUACAUCCUCAGCAUGUCCACAAUAUCACUGAAAUCAUUUACAGCAACGUUUUAGAAAUAUCUUCUUUCCAAGGGCCAAUAGAUGAUUCAAAAUCCCAAUAUCCUCUAAAUGAUAAAGCAACAUAUGGAAUCAAGCAGGAUGACAAGGACUUUGCACAGCCUACUUCAGUGAAUUCAGCUAGCCAAUAUGUUCUGGCCAUCAAGAAAGAGAAGGAAAAAAGUAACGAUGAAGAGAUUCUAACUCAACCUAGUAAACCAGACAGUGCUCAGUACCCACCAGAAAACAACCCUGGUAUUUUUCCUGAAAACUUUUUAGAAGAAGUUAUCUCAGAAAUAGUUAAUAAAUGUAUUUUUUGUUUCUCACCAAAUACAGAUGAUGCAUGUCAAAAUGUAGCCAGUGAUGUAAAUUCAGAUGAGCUGUAUGAUGCAGCUGUGAAGUUGAUAGAUUCUCUGUUAAAGGAGUUUUUAGAGGCUCAGAUGAAAGCAUCAAACCAAGAUCAGCGAAAUCAGUCCUUCUCAUCUACAGAUACAUUUUCAUCAGCUCAUAAAGUAUCUCUCAGGCAGGAAGAGCCACCUGUGAAUAAAGUCUCACCUGAGAUAAAAAUGAUAAUUAGAGAUAAAAUACCAUCCAUGAACAAAAUGUCAUCUGAAACUAAAAUGUCUCCCUCAGAUGAGGUGCUUUUAAUACCUAAAACACCAUCAGUUGAUAAAGCAUUCAUCAGUAAGGUUGUUAACUCUUCCCUAUCCAGUAUUUUGCAGCAAUAUGAAUCUCAGUACUCCAUUUGUAAGGACAUAAAUAGUAAUGGUGAGAAUUUAGCAAAAAGGCUAGCUAAUGCAGUACUAGAAGAAAUUUUUCAGCAUCAGCUAAACUUGCUACUUCAUGAUGAAGGUCUGCCUUCAAUAUGUUUGCCUUUAGAAUCUAAGGAGUUUAUGAAAAAGGUUCAAAAGGUGCCUCAAACUUCCUGCAAAGAAUGUCAGACAUCGCGGCCAUAUACUGUAUUGUUGCCUCAUGAAUUUCUAGAGAACAUAAUGUCUUCUCUUCUGUCAAAAAUUUUCUUUACAGUGGCCAACACAAGCAUGUUACAGGAUAAUUUGUACACAGAACUAGAUUUCCUUCAAAUGAAGUUAGUAGGCACGGUUAUGACAGAGAUAUCCAAAGAUGAAUGUAUGAUUAUAGAGUAUGUACAGUCCUUACAUCCUAAUGAUGAUGAAAUUAUUCAAUUAGUGGUUCAAACUAUUUAUAAUAAUCUCUUGCCACAAUUUGGAUCUCUUGCGAACAUACAAAAUUGUAUCACCAGUGAUUGUAGAAUGCUUUCAGAAUCUAUAGUGAAUUUAGUUGUAAGGGAAGUAACUGGCAAUCAGCUCCAGACCUAUUUUUCAGGAGAGCUAACCCCACAUCAGUGUACAGAAAUUGACAAUGUUGUUGAAAAUGUCCUUAAAGAUAUAGUGCAAACCACCGAAGUUCCCCAGUGUGAGCCACCGCAGGCUCACAAACUGCCUUUUCACAUAAUAGAAGAAAUUGCUGUACAAUUUUUAUCAAAGCUUUUAUCUGUGUUUCCAACAGUGGGUAAAGAAUCAAACAAAACUUUACAUGCUGAAAUGCAAAAGAUAAUCUCAAAAAUCUUAGACUCGUUCCAAGAAUAUAUGUCCAAAAGUCAGAUUAAAGUUGUACCACAAACCAAAGAAUCAUCCACUAUAUCUUUAGCAGAAAGUGAAACUAUUGAAAAAGUAGUCACUUCAGUUUAUAACAGUGUUUUAAAGCACUCUGGCUCACAUAUUUCAGUGUAUAAAGAUUUACUGGGCAAAAGCAACUUCCUUUCCGAUAUCAUAGGAUUUUUAAUGGUGAAAGAAAUUUCCAAUUCAGAGUUUCACCCUCAAGUGGAGGGAGAAGCAUCAGGUUCAGAAUUAGUUCUAGAAGCUGUCAAAAUUAUGGAAAAAGUGGUUAAGAUCAUUGAUGACCUUAGGUCGAAGGAAAAGGCUUCAUCCAGAAAAUCUGUUGUAUUAGAUGCCCUGUUUUUAGAGGAGAUACUGGCCUUGUUCUUGGCUAGACUAGCAAUGUUGCCAAGUGCCUCAAGCAAAAAUACUAAAAACUUAUCGAAAUUUGAGUUAAAUAAGAUGUCAUCUCAAUUGACAAAAUCUGUUACAGCUGAAAUUUCUAGAAAUAACAUUAGUGUUGUAGCUGCUUAUCCUGAAGAAUACUUUCUAAAUCCAGAAAAUAGAGAAACUGUUCUUCAGAUUGUUGAUUCUGUUUAUAAUCAGGCACUACAACAAUGUGGAACACAAGAAGAACUUUAUUAUGAUGUGAAAGGUACAAACCACUUCUUCCCUAAUAAGGUGGCUUCUUUGGUUUUUAGUAAAGUUUUAAACUGUCCACUAGAAACAGUUAGCUCAAAAGAUUCAUGUACUGAUUUCUUUAAAGAUCUGGAUGUCCAUCAGAUUGCUGAAAAAGCAUAUGAGUAUGCUGUUAAAGGGAAGCCCAUACCGGAGGGGAAAAAAUCAGACCACAAUUUAACUAAAGAGAAACUUCCGAUUAGAAUAAUUCCUCACCAUGGGAAAAAGCCAAUCAAUAUUGAUCCAAACAUUGUUGCAGAACACUUAGGGGUCAUUUCUAUAAAAACGCAACCUCUUGAAAAACUGCAGAUGGAGUGCUUAGCUAAAACGGGACACAGCAUAGAAGCACUGAGGUCCGCAAUGAUAAGUGGAAGGAGUUACUCAAUAGGCUUAGCUGCCGCAGAGCCGAAGAAGAAGGAAAGGCGGAUCUCCCUGGAUAUGGCCGGAAGACUGAAUGUGAAGCCUUUAGAGAUAGCAAGCAGAAACUCCUUUCAGAAUUUAACAAAACCUGACAUCACCAAAGUGGAACUCUUAAAGGAUGUCCUGAACAAAAAAGAUCUUAUCAUUCGGCUAGUUGCUCAUGAUAUCAGCCAUGAAGGGUCAGAAUGUAACACAGAAGAGAACUUGACUUCUGAUGAAGACGAAGUUGUUGUCCAAGAAAUUCUAUCCGACAGCCUGUUUGAAGAUCAAGUCAAAGAAGAUAGAAAGCCCCCUGCAAGUUCAAAGUCUUCUCCCAAGCCAUCACAGAACAAGAGCACUCUGAAAAAGUUUCUGUCUCUAGGAAAAUGUUGUCGUUACAUAACCACUUUAUCCACAAAAAGUACUGAAGCAAGCCCAAUUCCAUGCACAGACCCUAAAGAGACAGAAAUAAAAAAUAUUUCUGUGGCUAACAAGGCUACCUUGAAAUCCUCCACCAUUGCAGAUUCUUCCUUUCAGGAGCAGAAGCCACAACUUAAUAAAGAAGUAGUGAGUUCUAAAGAACCAGCGCAUUUCUUCAUACACAGAAUCAUGAGUUCAUCUUCAUACAACGAUGACGACGUGACUUCAUAUUCUAGUGACUACGAUGAUCAUUCCCCUGACCCAAGCACUAAAAUAACCAAAGAAGAUCUUGAAAACCUAGAUGCUGACAAAUCCAGCAGUAUUAAGUUUGUUACUCUCUUUCAACGUGACAGUGCUCUCACCAAUGGCCACUCUUCAAAUGAUGACACUUCAGACAGUAUGCCCAGUACUUCCAGACAAGGCUCUGAAGUAAGGAAGAACAUAUCAACAGCUUUGUCAAAGAUGUUUUCAAGACCUGAUGUCAAUGCCAAGCCCUGGUUUCGGUCACCACCCCCUCCCCCUCCUCCCCCCUCCCCUGACCAGUACUAAAGCUGAAUCUGCUGUCUCUGGCAUCACAAGGAUGCUGACCUACCAAUAAAUGCUUCUGAAGCACGACAUGCAGUCUGUCCCACGUGCUGAUU